GACAACAGAGUCUCUGCCAGCACAGCGUCAUGGAGGAGGAAGAUGGUUGCGAUCACCUCUACAAGGUUGUGCUUGUAGGCGAUGCCACUGUUGGGAAGACUCAUCUCCUCUCGCGCUACGUGAAAGGUACUUUGCCAAAGGCCCCAACAGCGACCAUUGGUGUGGAGUUUGCCACGCGCACAAUCCCGCUGGCUGUGGGUGGUACAGUCAAGGCUCAGAUCUGGGAUACUGCAGGGCAAGAAAGAUACCGUGCAAUCACCAGCUCACACUACCGGCGGGCUGUGGGAGCAUUGCUGGUCUACGAUGUGACCCGAAACGCAACCUUCCAGAAUUGCCUGAAAUGGCUGGAAGAGUUGCGGCAGAAUGCUGAGCCGAACAUCAGCAUCAUGUUAGUCGGGAACAAGCUGGACCUGGUGGAGAAAGACCCAACUGCUCGACAGGUGCACUACGACGCUGCCUUGGAGUUCGCGCGGCAGCACAAGCUCCUCUUCAAGGAGGCCAGUGCUGUAACGACGUACAAUGUGAAGCACGUCUUCGAGCAGCUGCUCCAGGAAGUGUACAAUCAGGCGUCAAAGAACGCCAAACAGCAGAAGCGGGAGCCGGGGGGCAUCCAGAUCCAGCCCGGUGGGACAAUCCCAGCGCAAGAGGACAAUUCCUGCGGUGGCCAGGCCUGCUGACCGGCAUGUGACUCUCCACUGCAGACAGGGCCUUUGGCUGCUUUGCACAGCUGUGGCGAAGAUCAGGUCCUCAGCCAGAUUCUAAACAAAAAACAUGUGACACAAAGUUCUUCGGUGCGGCCGCUUCGCUCACCGCUGCGGCCAUAUGGCUGAACCAGAUUGGCCGAGCGGCGGCAUGGGGUGGAGCUCGCGGGUCGCAGUGUUUCACAGAGCACGCGAGGAAAAGAGCGAAUUUCGCCACUCGGGAGCUGGCCUCAUGCCGACUAGUUGGCACCUAUCCAGGGACCCUUCUGUGAAGGUGUUUGCUCCAAGCCCUGGCGGAGUUGUCUCCGACGGGCGCGAUUCCCAAAUUACAUGCCAGAUUCGUUGGGCCCUCACA